AUGAUCUUGGCAAACGCCUUCUGCCUCGUCCUCUUCGUAGAUGAGAUCCUCCGCUCGCUGGCUGGCCCCCCGUCCCCGCCGGGGCAGGACCCCCAUGGCUGGCGGGUGCCCGUGGACUGCGUGCGAGCCAACGAGCUGUGCGCGGCGGAGCCCAGCUGCAGCUCCCGGUACCGCACGCUGCGGCAGUGCCUGGCCGGCCGCGACAGGAACACCAUGCUGGCCAACAAGGAGUGCCAGGCAGCCCUGGAGGUGCUGCAGGAGAGCCCCCUCUACGACUGCCGCUGCAAGCGAGGGAUGAAGAAGGAGCUUCAGUGCCUUCAGAUCUACUGGAGUAUACACCUCGGGCUGACCGAAGGAGAAGAAUUUUAUGAAGCUUCCCCCUACGAGCCAGUCACCUCUCGUCUCUCUGAUAUAUUCAGACUCGCUUCAAUUUUCUCAGGAAUGGACCCCGCCACCAACUCCAAAAGCAACCACUGCCUCGACGCGGCCAAAGCCUGCAACCUGAAUGACAACUGCAAGCGCCUGCGCUCGGGCUACAUCUCCACCUGCAGCAAGAUCUCGGCCACCGAGCACUGCAGCCGGAGGAAAUGCCACAAGGCUCUGCGCCAGUUCUUCGACCGUGUCCCCAGCGAGUACACCUACCGCCUCCUCUUCUGCUCCUGCAAGGACCAGGCUUGUGCCGAGCGCCGGCGGCAAACCAUCGUCCCCUCCUGCUCCUAUGAGGACAAGGAGAAGUCCAACUGCCUGGAUCUGCGCAACACGUGCCGGACGGAUCACCUCUGCCGGUCCCGGCUGGCCGAUUUCCACACCAACUGCCAAGCCACCUUCCAGUCCCUGACGAGCUGCCCUGGGGACAACUACCAGGCCUGCCUGGGCUCCUACGCGGGGCUCAUCGGCUUCGACAUGACACCCAACUACGUCGACGCCAGCACCACCAGCAUCACCAUCUCGCCCUGGUGCUCCUGCAAAGGCAGCGGCAACAUGGAGGAGGAGUGCGAGAAGUUCCUCCGAGACUUCACGGAAAACCCCUGUCUCCGAAACGCCAUCCAAGCCUUCGGCAACGGCACCGACGUGAACCUCUCCCCCAAGAACCCCUCGCCCCCCGUCACCCUGCCGCCGAAGACGGAGGAGAGCCCUGCCUUGCCGGAUGACAUCAACGACAGCAACACCAUGUACGACACGAGCAUCAUCACCACCUGCACCUCCGUCCAGGAGCACGGACUGAAGCUAAACAAGUCCAAAGAGCAGAGCCUGUGCUACUCAGAGACCCAGCUCACCACGGACAUCAUGCCAGACCAGAAGACGUUCGUGGACCAGAAGGCAGGCGGCAGCCGACACUUGGCGGGCCGGAUCCUGCCUGUUGUGCCCAUCCUCCUGCUGAUGCUGGCGUUAUAG